CCAUCACUUUUUUUUUCUCUACCCUCACACAAUUAAAACCAAAUUGGCAAAAUUCCAGUAAAUCCUUCAUGGAAACCUCCUUUGCUUUUCAUUUCUCUUUGCAGCAAUAAUGUGUGAAACCAAAAACCUCUGCUUGUGGCUUGUCCAACUUGUUUACAUGUUAGGCCUUCUUGGUUUUUGUCUAUGGCUAGCCGUACAUCCUAGAAGCCCCGAUUACACUAUCAUCAAAUUUUCAGUCCCGUUGACGAAUCACAACAACGGGUCUAGUCAUGGAAGAAUAGAGUACGAGCUCGAUAUCAAAAAUCCGAACAGAGACUCUUGUAUCUUGUACGACGAUACCUUCCUCACGUUCUAUUAUGGAGAAGAUAAAGUGGGGAACAAAACUAUCCCUUGCUUUUACCAAGGGAAAAACCGAGAGAAGAGUGAAAUUCAUCGAUUGAGUGAUCAAAUGGAUGUUGAGACUCGUCUUUGGACCGAUCUUCGUAAAGCAAUAAUGAAUGCAUCAGCUGAAUUAAGGGUUGAUUUGUCGACAAAGAUCGUGUACUAUACGUGGGGCAUAAAGAGUAAGCAACAUGGGAUUAAUAGGGAAGGGAAGAUACGUAUUGGUAAAGAUGGGAUGCUAUUGAACAAUAAGGAGGUUAAACUUCGACAUGCAUCAAAAAAAUGGAAAUUAUGAAGCAUUGUUGGCGCUUGAUUUGCUUUUUGAGGUUCUUUAUGUAUGUUUAUUGUUGUAAUAUUAUGUUUUUUUCCUUAAUCUUGGUUUUGUAUUUUGUUGACUGGUUUAAGAAGAGAGAAUUUCUUUUUCAUCCA